GCGUGGUCCAAUAGGAAGCAGCGACCAGAGACACGUUGAAUAGUUUCUGCAGCAGACAUGUCAGCCUCCAGUGCAUAGAUAGAAAAACAGAUAAACUGGUGGUUUUACGUUCUUAGACUGAAAUCCACGAUGGUUGUCGUAGACUCCGACUCUGAGAUCAUUCUUCGUGUCAAAGGGCCGCUGGAGCUGAAAUGUCAGCUGGACACCUCAGAUGCACAGCUUACACGAAGGGUAAUCUCAAGAACAUUUGAGAGUCUUCGCUCCCAGGUGCAGUCUGAAUCCUGUGUCCUCGCAGUCUGUGACAGUCCUGUGUUCAUUUGGCCAAACAAAAGUGUUCACGCCACACCUGAAGAAAUCACUCCUAAUACGCCAUGUGAAGAUAUACAACAGUGGAUACAGACAGAUGACCAAGAGAGUGCUGGCAAGAGAUCUGCAAAGAAGAAAAGCAAAAAAAGUUCUUCAGCAAGUGUCAUAAACCUUCGCCUGAUGAUGGAGUUGACACAGCCAGGUCCUCUCUCAGCACCGAUCCUCAGCAAAACAGUCCAGAGAUCCCAUUUCUUGGCUGCAACUCUUCCCAUGGACUGUGUUGUCUGUAUCGGCUGCAGUGACACAAUCAAAUAUGCCUGUGAGCGGCUGCUGGAGGCGCUAACUCGCCAGCUGUGUGACAUGGAGAAAGUGACCCUGCAGCACAUGAGGGGUCCAACAGUCCUCGUCCCUGAAGCGCUCCACUUCCUCCUUCCAGAGCCAAAAGGCCUGGUGACUGUGGUUUAUACUGAAGGAGUGUCUGACAGCCAACUAGAGACACAACGGAAGGAGUUGCAUCAGCAGUUUGAGCUGCCAGAUGACAGGCCUUACUUUAGAAGAGCCAAUGCUUACCACUUUCCAAAUGAGCCCUACAAAGACGGUUAUCUGCGAAACCCUCAUGUGGUUCUCACACAUCCUACGCUGGAUAAUGGAAAGUUGUACUUGGUCCAGGGGAUCUACAGCUAUCACCACUACAUGCAGGAUCGUAUGGAUGACAACGGUUGGGGCUGCGCUUAUCGCUCCCUGCAGACCAUCUGCUCCUGGUUCCAGCAGCAAGGUUACGUAGAGCGUUCUGUUCCCACUCACAAGGAGAUCCAGCAGGCUUUGGUGGAUGUUGGAGACAAGCAGGCAUCCUUUGUGGGGUCACGUCAGUGGAUCGGAUCCAUUGAGGUUCAGGCUGUCCUCAACCAGCUGCUUGGGAUCACUUCCAAGAUCAUGUUUGUGAGUCAGGGAUCUGAGUUGGCAUCAAAAGGCAGAGAACUGGCCAACCACUUCCUCACUGAAGGAACACCCAUCAUGAUUGGAGGGGGAGUUUUAGCUCACACUAUCCUGGGUGUGACAUGGAGUGAGACCACAGGGCAGAUCCGCUACCUCAUCCUAGAUCCUCAUUACACAGGAGCAGAGGACUUGCAGCUCAUCACAGACAAGGGCUGGUGUGGCUGGAAAGGACCUGAUUUUUGGGAUCAAACUGCGUAUUAUAAUUUGUGUCUGCCUCAGAGGCCGAAGGUCAUCUGAGUUCUCACAAUCUUUCAAAUGGACCUUAUUUUGCAUCGAUGAAGCAUUAUGGAGUAGCACUAUAACCUGUUUGCUUUAUGAAAACAUGUCAAACUUUGCUAAUUUAACUCAUUUCUAUAAUCAUGUUCAGUUCUUGUCAUUUACUCAUAUGGAUUUGGUUAAGCCCCUCGUAAAUGAUUGUUUUGCCUCACAUCACAACCAGAGAUGGAUGUAAUAUUUGUGAAGAAAAUAGAAAUUUAUUACAUACUGUACUUUCCGUACUUGGCACUGUUUAAAAUAACAAACGAUGGUGAAAUAUGUAUACUUAAUGUGCUCAUGACAUGUUCAAGAGAAAUACAAUCCAUCAAUUUCAGCUGAGUUUUGUCAUUGCUUUAUGUUACUGGUAGACAAAUGAACCUUCCACGAAUGAUGCUAAACAUGGCCUUGAGUGCCGGCAGAAGUGUGCUCCGUUCGGUGGCUGGUUCAUGUGAAUGCCUGCUGAAUGACGUCUUUAUUUCACUGCACUGUACGGCUGAUUUUACAAGUAAUUAAACUGCACAGUGUAUGUUUUUUCA